CGACGCAAGAGUUAUCUGCCAGAACUGAAUCUUUGCUGAGGGAGGGUGAGAAAGCUCACGAACUCGGAUUGGAAUUGAGUAGGGAAACGGACGAGAUACGACGGGACUUGGAAAGUGCGGUGAGAGCAUGCUCCGGUCCAGAUCGUUCUCUUUGUGCUGUCAUUGACUCUUCAGGGAUUCGCUUGGAUCUACAGAUAGAACGGCUACUGAGAGACGAUCGUUUGCGUCUACGGAACAUCAGUCGGGGAAAUUUGACGGAAGCAGGACGUCAAGUUCGCGGAGAGUACCUCUAUGCGCAUCACAUCGCCCGGACCACAUUGGAUGCUCGUAACCAGAUUCGGCGUGAGAUCAAUGCAGCACGUGCCAGGAUUGUCGAGCAAACGCGCAGUAUAGAGACGAAUAGUUUCGAACUCUCAAAGCAGCUGGAUUCUGUGAGAAGCAUCACGGAUUACGCUAUUCCUCGUAUCAUCGCUUUCGAGCAUAUCAGGUGGAUCGUUGGCACAGCUAGUGUUUUAUGUAUUCUACCGGUCUUUUUGUUACUCAUUGGAGCUUUGUGUUAUCGCUGGCGGUCCAAAAAUAAAGUACGUCCAAUCCUUUUGUGUGGAGUGGUUAUGAGUUGUUUUGUCUCAAUUACAUUAUGGUCAGUAUUUAUCGUCACUCUGGGCAUCGCCAGCCAUACGGAAAUGUUAAUAUGUCGGCCUCUCUAUGAUCCUGACUAUCGUAUUAUGGAAGCCGUGCUGGAAACCCGAGCGUUUUUGGGAAGAAGGCUCGAAGUUUCCCUCAAGGAGCUCUUUGAAAAAUGUCGAAACAACGAGGCAGUUUAUCCCGCCUUCGGGUUGGAAAACACGAUAAAACUAGAACAUUUGACUGCGCAUUGGACAUGGAUAAGCUUGUCUAAAGCAAUUUCAAAUAUCAAAGUUGAUUUGAAAGGUCUCCGAAUAUUAACGCCAAAUCUGCGGCUUCAGGAUUUAUUAUAUGCUUGUGGUUUAAAUCUCACGGCGCACAGAAUAAUGAUUCAAGGACCAAUUUUAAAUAAAGAUUUGACUACAAUGUCCAAUCAGUUAGACAAUAUAUCCCGUCAGCUGCAAGAUAGAAGUAUUGCCAGAGAACUGCAAAGCAUUGGGAUAACAAUGCGCGAUCUGACAUUGAGACGGGUGAAGCCUCUAAUGAAAUUCCAGGACGAUUUGGUGUAUCGCCUUGCAGUUCUGGAGUUGAAAGUGCAACCUCUUUGGCGUCAAGUUAAUCAAUCAAUCUCUCAUCUCCGAACUAUACAAUAUUAUAUAGAUCAUCAGGGAGAAAAGAUAGCUCAAUUGAAAACAAAAGCGUACGUGGACCGAAUGGCCAAUUAUCUAGAUCAAUGGCGGAUGCACGUUCUUACAGAAAUGAGCACGAGAAUAUCCAAAUGUCGACCUUUGUGGGACGUUUUAGAAGGAAUCCGACACUUAUUGUGUGGUCACAUCUUAAGUCCUUUCAAUGGUUUCUGGUUCGCUACAUUCGUAUGUGCAGUUGUCAUGAUUGCCAGCACACCAAUAGCUCAUAUUUUAUCACUAUUUUAUAAGAAACCAGCUCGAUCUCAUUUUAUGGAAAUUGUUAGCCCGCCAACAAGAACGGAAAGUCUCGAUAUAGAUGACGAUAGAAUAUGGCGAACGCCAGAUCCACCUCCGCUGCCGCAAAGCAAUUGGUAACAAUGACGAAAAAA